AUGAAAGGCAAUAAUCAAUCUCAAAUCAGCCCAUUCAUCAUCUUACUCUAUGAGUUUUGUGGAUCUGCACUAGUAACCUAUGCUUUCAGUUUGGCUGAUGGUCAUGAUUCUUUGACAAGAGCUUAUGCUUACUUCUUGGGUUUCAUUAUUGCAUACCAAAUUUCAGGAGCUCACUUCAACCCAGCUACCUCCUUAGCUGUAUUUAUUUCUGAGAAAAAUUGCAAAACUUUUGCUGCUUUUGCAGUCACAAUCCUUUCUCAAUAUGCAGGGGCAUUAGCAGGAAUAUUUGUUACUUAUCUGUUAGCGAAAUACAGACAAUUCGAGAUUUACCCAGAUUUUACUAAAAACUAGAAGGGAGACUUCUUGUAUUUUAAUGAAGAUGGAGAUCCCUAUUGGGGAAGGCUAGUCCUGCAUGAGUUUUUACACACUUUCACUUUUACCUAUGUUUAUUUGAUUGUUAAGUAUGACAAGACUAUGCAAAAGGUGGACAGACUUCUUCAAGCUUUCUGUUUAACGUUCACUCUAUAUGUAUGUAAUUCAUUUACUCUUGGAUCUGGAGCUGUUUUCAACCCUGCUCUUGGCCUUGCUUAAUCAGUAUAUAUGAUUGGAGUAAACAACUCGAACGGAUCUGGUCUUGGAUCAAAACAAGCUCUAGUUACUUGGGUCUAUAUUCUCGUUCCUUAUGCUGGAGCUGCAUUCGCUGCAUUGUUUUAUUUGUUGCAUAAAAAAAUAGACAAUGCUCCUGAAAAAUAAACAGAGCCAAUGUAAUUUAUGUCUACUAAAGAAGCUGAGCAAGAUGAUAAAUAACACUUACUAUUAGAGGACGAUAAUAACAACGACAAUAGUAGUAAAGACCAAUCAUCCAAGAAAGUCUAACAAAAGCCAGCUUAGAAAUAACCAUUAAGAUAAUCAAAGCAAGAUAAUAAGGAGGGAUCUAAGACUAAGUUAGAUAAACCUUCUUAAUAGCAUGAAAUUAAAGCAGAACCUUAAUAGCAAGUUAACUACCAAAAAGAAAGCAAUAAGAUACAAUAGACUGAAAGUGCCAGGUCUGAUCUACUUGAGGGACUCCAUAUGGAACAUGGUGAAAAGAAUUUCGAGUAAUAGGAGUAGUAGCCAGAAUUAGAACAAAGGCAGAUCGAUUACGAUGACGAUGGGGAUGAUGACAUUUUAAGAAAUCUGGCACAAGCUGGAUAGAGCGUAGCAGUUAGAGCAAUCGCUUAUAUAAUAGGAUUUAUAAUUGCUUACAAUAUCACAGGUGCUCAUUUCAAUCCAGCCACAUCUCUUGCUAUCUUCAUAACAGAGAAGAAGUUCUCAGAGGAUUUAUUCUAUUUCCUCAUGGUGAUGCUUGUUUAGCUAUGUGGAUGCUAUACUGGCUGCUUAGUUUCAUAUUUACAAGCAUUGAUUUCAAAUGAGUAUGGUUUAUAUCCAGAAAGUGAUGAUGAACUAUACAUCUAUGGUGAUGGAUUCAUUUGGUUUGGAAGAGUCUGCUUAUAAGAAAUCUUGUAAACCUUUUCAUUCACUCUAGUCUAUCUUAUUCUUAGAUAUGACUAAGAAUACUCAAAGUUAAAUAGAGCUUACAAAGCAAUUGCACUCUUCCAUGUGUUAGUAGCCUGCUAUUCAAUGAGUUAUGGCGCUGGAGCCUGCUUGAAUCCAGCUAUUGGUAUGAGUUAAUCAACAUAUAUGAUUGCUCUAGAUAAAAGAGAUGAUGUAACUUCAGCAAAGGGUUCUGCUUAAGCCAUCUGGGUUUACAUGGUUAUGCCUUUUAUUGGAUCUGGAAUAGCUGCUAUGUUUUAUGGAAUACAUCAAACUUUUAAUUCACAAAAGUGA